CACAAUCCUUGUCCGAGACUCGAGACGAUAACUGCAAUCACUAAAGUGUCAAAAUGAUGCUGGCUGCCAACAUGUUUUCUUUUUAACAUAAUUAACUUUGACAUAGGCAGGUUAGCACGCUGAUGUUCCCAUGGCUACUUUCUGGUUCCUGCAUUUGAUUUUUUCCUAACCCAGACAAAGGAUUUCAUUGAGCUUUCACCGUGUUUUUGCAAGUCACGCACAUGUUUUGCCAGAGGAAGACUCCUACCUAAAAAAAAUCCCACGAGGCCCCGUCCCUUUGGAUGAAACUUCUCUAUAACUGGCUGAAAUGCCUUGACCUUAACGCCAACAUAUAAUGGCAGGACUAGUCUCCGUUGUGGGUUUGGUGGUGAUGGUCAAGACCUCCAUGGACACCCACGGCCCUGGAACAGUGAUUCUUGGGAUGACCCUGUUGAUAAACAUGAUAGCAGCGGACUCACCUGUUGCAGAUGAGUCUCUAUCAGUUUCUACACACAACGCCAACGGAUUUCUUGGAGAUGUUUCGAGUCCAACAAGGCCAUCGCUAUCACCCUCGCCACCCUUUCUUACACCAGUCAUAGGGAAGGAAAAGUCUCCUGGCACUCAACAACUAAUUUCUCAACCCCACCAUGAAUCCUUCACUCUCAGUGAUUUCAAUGCAAAAGAAUUACAGCCUCUUUAUACUCCAUCAUUGCAUCCAUCUCAACUUGUUUUGGGAUCCUUUUCACAAUUAGAGGAAUCUAAAGUUUCAAGAGACUGGAAGGUGGCCUGGAUAAAUUCUGCCAAACAAACUCUUUUGCAAACUCCUUCAGUAUCUCUGAUGCAAACUCAGUUAAUUUCUUCAAGGUCUCCCGCUUUUGAAAAGUCAACAGUAACACAGCUUAGUUUUGCAAAAGAAGAAAUCAGUGAUCCAAAAAAACCACAUACAGCAACGACCUCACUACCUGGUGAACAAAGUGGCACACUAGAUUUUAGGAACACUUCAUCAGAUGAAUCUUAUAUUCUAGAUCAUGUCUUAAGACACCCUACAAAGGGUCCAAGUACAAUAAAGCAUGAAAACUAUCCACGCACAAGUGGUUCCCCAAUCCCAGAGAAUAAACCAGAGAACAUUCUUCCCAAACCAUAUGAGAUUUCAACCCCAAGUGACCAUCUGCCUUUCAUGGACUCUCAAUUUAUUUCCCCAUCAUCUGAACCAACAGAAGAAGUUCCACCAGAUGACUUCUACCCCACCAAUAGCAUGGACUUCGACUGGGGGAGUGGAGAUUAUAUGGAGACGAUAGCAUUCAGUCCUGAAGAAGCGGACUACUCUCUGGCCACCAAGGUUCUCGAUACGUACGAUCAAGAGGACAAUAGAGAACAUUACAACACAGCCUUUCCGUCCAGGGUGGGAACAUCCCUCUCGUCCUUGCAUCAUCUUCAUAUCUUGCCGUCUUCAAGCCCAAUGACAAUGUAUUCAACCCACUUACUUCGAACAUCAAUGGAUGCCUCUUAUCCUUCUCCAUUUCACUUCGCUGUAGAUCACACACAAGAGGUUACUGCCACAAUUAGCAGUGAGACAUUAGAAGCAUCAGAUGUCAUAGAUUGGCCAGAUACUUACAGUAUUCAACCGACCGAUGUGCUAUUACCUGACAUGAACAGCUUGGAGUAUUACACCACACAGCUGACUAAGGAGAAGUCUGCUUCCAAGAGUAAAGCUGAACAAAGAGGGAACAUCACUGUGCUGCCCAUCAGUCCUUCAGACAUCACGCCCAGCAGCAGCAUUACCACUGAUGUAAAAUUAAUUGAGGAUGACUCCUAUAGUGGUUUGUCAGAAUUUGAACCUCAUGGUGAGACAACUGUCAUAAGAACAGAGAUUUUCAAUAGCUCAAAGCUUGAUGGCCCCUCCUCCCUCUGGGCAACGCACAUGUCAACUGCAGAUUGGUCUGCAGGUACUCAUACAGUUGGCCUGCACAGCUCUGUUGUUCUCCUACCCAGUCCUACAGAAUUUUUGCCAGAUGAUGUAAUGUCCUCCUUCUCUCUCACUGAUGUCCAGUGGUUUGUCACAGAGGUCUUCCCACUAAGUACUACCCUGCACCCUACUUCAGUCUUCACUGCAACAAUAGCGUUUUCCUCUGGACCUGCUGAGCAUCCUUCAACUGAAAAAGCAUUCAACAUCACCUCACUUUCAUCCAAUGAGUCCUUAACCUCUCCUGUGAUGUUGGGUGAUCAGGGAGUGACUAAAGAUGAAUUUGACAAUCCAGCCACAAUGACCUUGAUUCCAACCAACAGUGAAGCUAAUACCUUCUCACCCAUAGCCACAUCUCCAAAUGCCAACGCAAGUUCUCACCAAACUGACAACGUUACCCCUGUCAUGGGUAGUGAGUGGCAGAUUACAACUCAGACAUCCAGACAGUACCUCUGCAAUAUUGAGAAGCCCGAGUAUUUAAUCACUAUAGGUUUGCCAUCUGGGACCAAAGUUGAAGAUGCCAAAUUUCAAGUCGAAGAGAUUCUGAAGCGGGAAUUCAACAAAUCGUUUGAGUUACAGGUUAUAGAGCCACCACCAAAGUUUGUAUUUCGGGUCAUGUCCGAUCCAGUUGUGUACACAGCCAUAUCUGUCAUCAACGCCUUACAAAGGUCAGGACGCCACUUCCUGUAUGUGUCGCCUCACUGGAUGACACAAGACAAUAAAUAUCAAGUACACACAGUGCUUCAGUUUGUUCCAGGUCACAUUGAUGUACGAUUUUGCGACUUCAGUGAGCGCAUUGAGCAAGGUUUGACCAUGGCCUUUGCAGAAGUGUGUCAGCGCUCCAAGGCAUCAACCAAUUUCACAGUGCAUAUAAUGAAUAUUACCAUGGCUGUUCCUAAAAAUCUGGAACUGGGGAGGUACCCAGUAGACAUCACCUUCACUGUGCAGAGCCCCCAGGGUUAUCGAAUGGGAUCAGAGGUCAGCAUUGCUCUAAUGAAGCUCACCAAGGUGGAAUUCAGCUAUUACAUGGGCUUCCCUGUCUUGCAGAUUGCAGAGCCCUUUCAUUAUCCAAAGUUAAACACGAGCCAGUCCCUUCGCUCCUCCUGGGUGAGAACAGUUCUCUUGGGAGUGCCGGACAGUGAAGUGGGCCAGAGGACCUUUCAAGCCAACAUCGAGCGUAGGGUGGCCAUGGUACUUGGGGAAGCCAUGGGACUAGUCAGACGUGUCAAGAGAGCCACCGACGUUGGCAAUAGCAGCGUUCAGGUUGUGAGCAUGAACCGGCCUGUAGGUGCAGACCAUCCCUUGGAAGUUGUGUAUUUUGUGGAGCGCCCCGAUGGCCAGAGGGUUCCUGCUGUUGAAAUGGUCAACAUUCUCAACAGCUUGGAUGUCCAAAAAGCGGCUAUCAUCUUGGGGUAUCGUGUUGAGGGCAUUUUGGCACAACCUGUGGAGAAGAUGCCGUCGUCACCUUCUGACACUGAGAACCCCAACAUGUGGAUCAUCAUCGGAGUGGUGAUUCCUCUCUUGCUGGUCAUGAUCAUCAUUGCCAUACUCUACUGGAAAUUGUGUCGGAUAGACAAGCUGGAGUUCCAACCAGAUGCCAUGGCAUCCAUCCAGCAGAGACAGAAGGCACUACCUCAACAUGAGAGGGCUAUUGAUUUUAGUAAAGCUGAAGAGUGGACAUAUGAGGAGGAAGAAGCGGAGUAUGAAGAUGAAGAGAAUGAGGAGGAGGAAAUCACUGUUAAAAACAGAAAGUUACAGGCCCCCAGUGUGAAAGGCUUUGACUUUGCUAAGCUGCAUCUUGGCCAGCACAACAAAGAUGAUGUUAUGGUGGUCCAGGAAUCUGUCCCAGCAGGGCCUCUGCCCAUUUCAGAUAAGGAAGGCCCUAGUCCUUCCCAGAAUGGGGAUGUCCCUACCCCCAUAUCCAAAAACUCUGCUUCCUCAACCAGAGCGUCCCGCAGCUUUCGAAGACGAGAGAGGAUCUCACCAUCAGACGGUGAUUCCGUGGUGAGUGACCGCUCCAGUGGACGCGAGUCAACUGAGGAGAACCUGAGAGCCCAGGCCACACCCAGUGACAGCAAGCAGACACGCAAAAAUAAAAUUGGUCCUCCUCCUACAAAUGGCCUCAAUGAACAGACGUCAUCUGCCUCCAUAUUUGAACAUGUUGACCGAAUGUCGCGGGCCACAGAUGUAAGCCGAAGACUACCCAACAAAGUGCAGCUUAUUGCUAUGCAACCUAUGACGCUCCCACCCCUCAACAGCCACACUGCCACUGGCAAAUUGCCUGAGACCAACAAAAUAAACAAGGAGAUCCAAGUAGCAAUGAGGCAGAAAUCAGAGAUUGAGCAUCAUCGAAACAAGAUCCGCCUGCGUGCCAAAAGGAAGGGUCACUAUGAUUUUCCUGCAAUGGAUGACAUAGACCUUGCAGACACCAAAGACCAGGAUCACAGUUACCAUAAAACACAGAUGCAGAUGGAUAAGAUCCUGGAUCAAAAUGCACAGAUUUCCUCCAUCUUCAAAGAACCGCAAAAAGGUGCUCGAGGGAGGCGCUCUCCAAAACAGAGGAUAAAGGAGCAGUCAAAUGGAGGAUUGACAGAUGCAGACAAAGAUCACCUCAUCACUGAAGACACUGAAGCUGUUUAUAGGAAAUAUCCUGGGGUGAACAACGUGGCUUAUGUAUCGGACCCUGACCAAGCCCCAGGGUUGACCCACAGAAGCCCAUCCCCCACAGAUGAAGUUUUUGUCGAUCCCACUUCCUCACCUCCUGGACAUGCCCCUCCACCACCACCCUACAUGCCUCCACAGCCCUCCAUUGAAGAGGCGCGUCAGCAGAUGCAUUCGCUGCUGGAUGACGCCUUUGCCCUGGUGUCACCCACUUCCCAGGGCAGUUCGGCAGGGGUGACUCUUCCAGGGGUCAAUGUCAAUACUUCUGAUUCCAGUCCUCCAGGCCGUGACGCCCGACCUUGGGGCACCUCCCAUCAACCCCUUGGCCCUUCUUACACUGGUAAAUUCAGCGACCUGAGUGUGUCUCCUCCUCUGGUUCAAGGCUUAAUACCAAGGCAGGACCGUGGUCUGAGUUACCUAUCCCCAGUAGAGGCAGCAGGGCCUGGGGAGCAUCUCCAGCUCGACAGCCUUUACUCCAGCAGAGGCCUCUAUGCCGACGAGCUGCCUACAUCGGCUCGACCGCGGCCAGUAGGAGGCACUCCAGGCGCCCAGCUUCAUCAUCUUACACAGGUUGGUCUGUCCAGCCGUAUAAAUGGCUAUCCCGUCGGGUUCAGGGGUUAUCCAGGAUGGACAGAUAGACAGAAUGGAGGCAUCAGCUGGAACAACUACCAUGAGGACAGUUACUGCAGAGUACUACCAGAUAACAGUGCAAUGGCCAGAAGUGCCCUCAGAGAGUCGUCAGCUACCCCCGCUCACCUUGACGUUGGGGCAGGCUACCUUUCUGCCCCUCUCUCACUGGAUGCGACCCCUCCCACCCAGUCUUCCGCCUCCUUAAUCAAGGCCAUCCGUGAGGAACUUUUACGCCUGUCGCAGAAACAGGGUUACCACAGCUGAGAUAGCUCUGACCCCACCUUCUAAUGUGACCAUGCUUCCUGUGGAAGCCCACCAAGAAGCAAAGCAGAGAGAUAGUCCUGCGAGAUGGCAAUAUUAAGGUGGCUAAUUCAUGCCUCUUGAUGCUCUUUUGGAUUUGGAUUCGAAAAUAACCAGGAGUGUUUUGAGAAUGAACUAACCUCAAGUACAGUAUGUCACUAUGGGACAGUGUUAUUAUAAUAUAUAGUAUUAUAUAAAAACUAUAUGAGGUCCAGGAUUCACCACCAUGAGAGAUUUAGAUGUUCAGUGUUACCUUAACCUCCAUCUAAUCUGAGAUAUGCUUUGUCUUCACUCUUCAGAGAUGUUCAUGUGGCUCCUUCAUAGUAAGGUCGCAGUUGACAGCCAGCAAAUCAGUCUUGACUCAAAGGAGAAGACUACACAGUAUCAACUCACUAUGCUACCUAUGUACUUCUUAGCCUAUCUAGCGCAGUUAGUUAGAGCUGGUCCUUGGCCUUUUUGGACUAUUGGCAUUCAAGUCCUUCAAGUUUUGUACGUUGUAAUAAUUUUUUUUUUUUUUUUUUAGAAAUGUUAAGCUUUGAAAUGCCUUGAAAUCAUCCAUUUUCAAAUAUAGAUCACACGGAAGAAAAUAUAUGAACUUGGCAAUCGUCAUAAUGUAUGUGCUAAGUGCUUGGCUGUGUUUUUCUGCACUGAAUGCACUAGUUUCUUAGGCUGUGGUCUGGUGGUUUCAUUAAAAAAAAAAAAAAGUUGAUGAAGAAUACACCAACUUGCAAUGCAUGUAUUAAAUCACCAUCUCUGUUUCAUGCAGUAUUUGAAGGUUUUGUAAUGCCUUUUAAAGACAGGGUACUGUAUUUAUAAUUCAUGUCAUGCUCAUAUGUAUUUUUUUUUUUAAAUCACCUUGCCUUGUGUUUUGUGCACCAUGAACAAAUUUGUACCACCCACUGCGUUAUCAAAAUUACCACUAUGCGGGACGUAAAGUUUUGUUGUUUUGUUUCAAUGAAGUCAAACCGUUUAUUGUGCAAUCGGGGUUUCGAAUUAUUAUUGUGUGUAAUGUGGCAGAUUACAACAAAACUCUGCUAUUUUACGAGACUCAUUUGUUGCUUUAACAUGUAACAGGCUUCACCAUAACAGACGUUCCCCAUCUGUGACAAGGAGAGGAUUUAAAAAAUACACAAUUCAUUCACACUUACGCAUCCUUGGAGAAUUUAAAGUAUGCUGUACACAUACGUACUUUUAACAUCUUAACUGAUUUUUAAAUGUGAGAGCCUACACGUAAUCUCGUGUUCUGGCUUCAUCUGCUGUCUUUUUUUGCAACAGCAAAUUUUGCAUGUAUGUUUCAGCUACUGUUGCAUCCAUUCUUUUACCGUCUGCCUUGUAGUAUAUUUUGCCUGUGCGUGAAUCUCCAAAUGCAACAAAAUAAAAAAAAAACAAUGACCAUAAAUUGUCUUUUUAAAUAAUCAUCACCAUAUAUAGCCGAUACGUCCAUUUUCUAUGCUGCUUAUCCACGAGAAACAAAGAUAGUUUGAGUCCGUUAAGUUACCUCUCAAAGAAAACAUGAUGUCACUUGCUGUAAUUAUCUCAAAUGGCCACACUAGGGAAGCAGAUCCAAAGAAGAGGGACUGCUCCUUUUCUCUCAUAAUGACGUAACACUAGUCAAGGUCACUAUAUUUCACUGCAUUUAUCUAUUUAAUUUCUUACAGUGUAUGCCGAUUACAUGUUGAAAUGUACAAAUAAAAAAAAACAUGAAAUAUUGA